CCGCGCGAAUCCGGAACCAGCGGGCGGCGAGGAUAAAGGCCGCGCGCCGGGGAGGAGCGGGGCGAAUCGAGAACCUUCCAGCAGCCGGCGAAUAAAGGCUGGUCGCUGAGCGGCGAACCCGCUUCAACUCGUCGCGGGAAGGAACCGCGUCCAGCGGCCGGGGCAGUGAUCGAUCGGCCUCUGCAGAGCGGCAAUGGUGAAGGAGACGGGCUACUACGACACCCUGGGUGUCAAACCCGACGCCUCCCCGGACGAGAUCAAGAAGGCGUAUCGGAAGCUGGCGCUGAAAUACCACCCCGACAAAAACCCGGGCGAGGGCGAAAGGUUCAAACUUAUAUCACAAGCCUAUGAGGUUUUAUCAGAUCCCAAGAAGCGCGACAUCUAUGACCAAGGUGGUGAGCAAGCCAUUAAAGAAGGAGGAGUAGGGGGUGGUGGCUUCUCCUCGCCCAUGGACAUCUUCGACAUGUUCUUUGGUGGUGGUGGCAGAAUGCAAAGGGAGAAAAGAGGCAAGGACGUUGUUCACCAGUUGGCUGUUUCACUUGAAGAUCUUUACAAUGGGGCCACAAGGAAGUUGGCAUUGAAGAAAAAUGUAAUUUGUGACAAAUGUGAUGGUUUAGGAGGCAAGAAAGGAGCUGUGGAAAAGUGUGCAAAUUGCAAAGGCCGAGGGAUUGAAAUCCAUGUUCAACAAAUUGGACCGGGUAUGGUGCAGCAGAUUCAGACAAUGUGCUCAGAAUGCCAUGGACAAGGUGAACAGAUUAAUCCAAAAGACCGAUGUAAGAAUUGUAAUGGACGCAAAAUUGUGAAAGAGAGAAAAAUAUUAGAAGUUCAUGUGGACAAAGGUAUGCAAGAUGGCCAGAAGAUAACCUUCCGUGGAGAAGGGGAUCAGGAGCCGGGAUUAGAACCUGGUGAUGUCAUCAUUGUGCUUGAUCAAACAGAACAUGAAAUGUUCCGAAGACAUGGAAAUGACUUGGUCAUGAAGAUGGAAAUAUUACUAGUGGAAGCUUUGUGUGGUUUCAGAAAAACAAUAGAAACACUUGACAAGAGAAUGCUUCUGAUUAGUUCAAAAUCAGGUGAAGUUGUGAAAGAGGGCAGCCUUAAAUGUGUUUAUAAUGAAGGAAUGCCUAUUUAUAGAGACCCAUUUGAAAAAGGUCAACUGAUCAUACAGUUUUCGGUGAAGUUUCCACCACAUGGAUGGAUUUCACAAGAAAAUUUGAUUGAAUUGGAACAUCUGCUUCCACCACGUCAAGAACUAAUAGUCACCGACGAUAUGGAGCAUGUGGAGUUAACAGAAUUUAGUCCAGAACAGCAGCGCAGAAAUUAUAGUGGGGAAGCAUAUGAAGAAGAUCAAAGACCUAGAGGUGGUGUUCAAUGUCAAACUUCUUAAUGAAGAGUAAAUGUUUGAGGGGUGAAAUAGACUUUGCAAUGCAUCAAAACUAUUUUAUUAUUCUAAAAAGCAUUGCUUUGGUUAUCCAGGAAUAUAAGAGAUUUCAUGUGCAUCGUAUACUUGAAAAACAAAGUGGUAGUUUGUUUCCCUUUUCAUUGUGGUGUCAAAGAAUACCUACAUUUUUUAAGGAUUUGUGUGUAUUGAAGCACUGUGUAUUUUGUCUUAGUCUAAAACAUGAAUAUCUAAAUAUGGACCUAAACAUAAAGUGUAUUUCUAAGGGUCAUGAUGUCAUAACUGGUAUUAAACAUAGGAUUAUCAAAUAAUGGUUUGAUGUCUUUGUCUUCCACUGUUAAACUGGGCUAUUUACAGUUGUAAGAAGUUUGCAGUUACCUGGUUUUCAGUAUUAAUUACUGUGUGGUCUGAUCUUCAUCUAAGUCACAAUAAUAGACAAACACCAAGCUAAGACCAACAAUUGUACUUCUCAUCAACACUGAGUACACUAUUUAAACAAUCACGGUCUAGAAUCAAAAAACAGGUGAACCUCCUGGGGUAAUGCCUUCUACAAAAGCUACUUGGAGUUAGAUGUAAUAAUCAAUGAGAUGAAAUUGGAAAUAGGAGGUGGGGGUUAUAGAGGUUUCCUGCCCUAUAUUUUAAAAAAGGACAAAGUCAGGAUAUUGCUCUUCAAGAAAGAUCUGUUAAUGUGCACCAUGCUUUGUUCAAAACAACUUUCAGAAGACCUUAUAAUUGUAGAGAUGAAUAAAGCUGGAAAAGGCUACAAAAGCAUUUCUAAAGACCUGAGUGUUUAUCAGAUCACUGUGCAAAUGGAGCAAAUUCAAUACUGUCGCUACUCUCCCCAAGAGUGGUGUCGUGCAAAGAUCACACCAGGAGCAUAACAUGCAAUCCUGAAGGAGGUAAAAAUGAACCCAAACAUUGCUGUAUGUCUCAAGUUUGCAAAAGGCCACCUCAAUGGCCCACAAUGUUUCCGGGCCAAUGUUCUGUGGGCAGAUGAGACAAAAGUUGAAUGUUUUGGUAGAAAAGCACACAACUAUACUUGCUGGAGGAAAAAGGGCACUAUACAAUGCUAAAACCUCAUCCCAAAUGUAAAGUAUGGUGGAAGGAGCAUCAUGAUUUGGGGCUGUUUUGCUGCCUCAGGGCCAGGACAUUAUUGAGGGAAUAAUGAAUUGUAUCAAGACAUUUUACAGGAGAAUGUCAUGGUAGCAGUCAUCACCUGAAGCUUAAUAGAAGUUGGAUGACACAACAAGAAAAUGAUCUGAAACACAAAAGUAAAUCAACAGUAUGGUCAUGUUUUGGAAUGGCCAAGUCAGUCUAGACCUUGACCCAAUUGAGAUGCUGUGGCAUGACCUGGAAGAGGGCUGUUCAUGCAAGGUAUCCCAGAAAUUUGAAAUUUUCUAUGGAAUAGUCUAAAAUUCCUCUUUGCCAGGUAGAGGUUAUUGCUGCUAAAGGAGGUUCUACCAGUCAAUAAAUACAGGGUUCACAUUGUUUUACCAGCCUGGACUGUGAAUGAUAAAACGAUGUGUUCAAUAAAUACAUGAGCAGUACAAUUCUUUGUGUGUUAGUAUUUUAGGUGGAUUGUGUUUGUUUAUUAUUGUGACAUAGAUGAAGAUCAGACCAUAUUUUAUGAAUAAUUAAUGCAGAAAACAAGGUUCACAAUGCAGAAGGUUCACAAACUUUUUCUUGCAAAUGUUCAUGUGUUUGCUAGGACCCCUGCUUAAAGAAUGAAUGCCUAAAGCUGAUCUAACCAUCAAGAUGCCAUAAAUAAGUAAAUACCCUUAAACACUCACACUUUAAAAGUUAAAUUAACUUCUACAGCUGAUGUACUGGGCAGACAUUACAUGAGAUGAAGUUAGAUUGUGCUUGAUGUGAUGCAUGUCCAAGGUUGUAGAGGCUGGACUAGGGGGAGGGGUGGUGGAGAACACCAACGGUUAACGGUAGUGAAGCUGCUCAAAGUAGAAAAUAACUAAGAUGCAAGAAUGUAGGUAUUUACUGCUGGUAGUCAUUAACAUAGAAGUGCUAUAAUUUGAAGUGGCAUGUUAAACAUAUACAUUUGUAAAAUACUUAAUGAUUACUGUUUGGUGAGGGUGGUUGUUGUGUAGGCUCCUCCCUCUUCCAAGGGAGCACCCCUUUGAUGGCAAAGACAGAGGUGUGAGGGUACUGCAGAACUGUGGAGGAAACACUGGACAAAAAUGUCUUUGCACCAUUAUCCAAAAAGUAAAUAAUCCAAACAGUCACUAUGAACUGUCUUAUGGAAUAGGGGAAAUUAAAGGAGUAAGACAAUAGUCAGGAGAUCGAGGACUGCAUUUGGAGGUUUCACAAUAAAAAAAAUGUGUGAAACAGACUUUAGGUAGGCAGACAAAGAACAUUUACCAAACUUAAUGGAAAACUGGGAGCUCCGGUGGAGCAUUAGAAUAUAGAUACGGCACAGAAACAGGCCAUUCGGCCCAUGACCUGUACCAGCUAAAAAGCAAAUCAAAACCAAACAUUAAUCCCUCCUAUCUACACCAUAUCCACCUCCAGGUCUAUCCUAAUGUCUCUUUAAAAAGCCUCUAAUGUAGUUGACUAUACCGCCAUUCCAGACAUUCACGACUCGAGCAGAAAACUUACCCCUCACAUCCUCUUUGAACCUAUCCUCUCUCACCUUCAAUGCCCUCUGGUGUUAAGACAUUUCAACCCUGGGAACCAGUUUCUGUCCACUCUAUCUAUGCCUUACAUAAUCUUAUAAAUCAGUAUCCUAGAUCUUCCCUCGGUCCUCACCACUCCAGAGAAAACAACCCAAGUAUAUCCAGCCUCUCAUGAUAGCACAUGCACAGGCAUCCAGGUAAACCUCUUCUGUACCCUCUCCAAAGCCUGAACAUCUUGUAGUGGGGUGAUCAGAACUGUAUGCAAUAUUCCAGAUGUGCCAAAGUUGCAACAUCUUGACUUUUGAAGUCAGUGCCUCAACUAAUAAAAGCAAGCAUUCCAUAAGUCACCUUAACCACCCUUUCAACCUGUCUAGCCACUUUCAAGGAGCUAUGAACUUGGAUCCUAAAAUCAUCUGCUCAUUAACACUGUUAAGGGUCUUGCACUGUCUCCUUGCAUUUACCCUACUGAGGCACAACACCUCACUCUUAUCUGGGUUAAACUCCACGCCAUUUCUCAGCUCAUAUCUGCAACUGAUCUCUAUCAUGUUGUACCCUUCACCAGUCUUCUGCACUGUCUAUAACUCCACUAACCUUGGUAUCAUCUGCAAAAUUACUAACCCACUAUUCUACAUUUUCAUCAAGGUCAUUUAUAUACAUUACAAACAGCAGAGGUCUCAGCACAGAUCCCUGUGGAACACCACUAAUUACAGACCUCCAAUCCAACCACUCCCCUAUCUUCAAGCUAGUUCUGAAACAAUACAGCCAAUUCACCACAGAUCUCGAGCAUCUUAAUUUUCUGGAUUAACCUCACGAGGGACCUUGUCAAAUGCCUUACUAAAAUCCACAUAGGCGACACGCACUACCCUACCUUCAUCAGUUUCUCUCAUCACCUUGUAAGAAAACUCAAAUCAAGUUGGCAGGGCACAGCCUGCCACACACAAAGCCAUGCUAGCUCUCCCUAAUUAGGCCAUGGGUUCUAAAUGCUCAUAUAUCCGAUCCCUCCAGCAAUUUCCCUACAACGGACGUGAGACUCACUGAGGAUUUUCCUUGUUUCCUUCUUUAAUAGGGGUACAACAUUAGCUACCUGCUAGCCCUCUAGGACCUCACCUGUACUGUGCGAGGACAUGAAGAUUCUGGUCAAGGGCUCAGCAAUCUCAUCUCUUGCUCCUUCAAUAACCUGGGGUAAAUCCCAUCAGGGCCUGGUGACUUAUACACUCAGCACUGAUCUCCUGGCCCCUCAUAUCAUUUCCCUUGGUAUCUACUGAAGCUAAGUACUUCACUCACAUUCUAUGCAUCCAAGCAAAUGUUCCCCUCCUUAUCUUCUCCCUAGUUAUUCUCUUGUUCUUGAUGCAUGCAUAAAAUGCCUUGGGAUUCACCUUAGUCCUACUUGCCAAGGACUUUAUAUGGCCCAUCCUAGCUUUCCUAAUUCCCUUCUUUAAAUUCUUUACUGGCUUUAUACUCCUCAUGUGUUUUGUUUGAUUCUAACUUCUGAAGCACAGCAACUUCCUUUUACUUUUUGACUAAAUUCAUCACUUUUCUGGACAUCUAAGUUUUUCCCAUCUUUCCAUCACCAUCCUUUCUUCUAACAGGAACAUACUUUUCCUGUACUCUGUGCAAUUGAUUUUUAAACAUCCUCCACAUGUCUGAUGUGGAUUUGCCAGAAAAAAAAAAAAGGUGUUUCCAAUCAACUCUUAGUUCCUGCCUAAUGCCCUCGUAUUUUGUCCUCCAAUCUAAAACUCUCUUGCAGGACCAUACCUAUCCUAAUCUAUAGCUAUUCUGAAAGUUACAGAUUUUGUGUCACUAUUCACCCACUGAAAGGUCAGUCACUCAGCCAGGCUCAUUACUCAACACCAGUCCAGUACAGCCUUUCCACCCCUUGGACCAUCCACACAUUGAUUUAAGAAACCUUCCUGGAUACACUCAAGUUUUGCCCCAUUAAGAAGGUCCCAGUUUAUAUUAGGAAGGUUGAAAUCCCCCAUGACAACUGUUAUUUUUACAUAUUUGCUUAAUUGAUUCCAUAUCUUACUCAUUGUUCUGGUGGCAAUGUGGCAACGUUGGGGGGGGGGGGGGUCUGUAGUAUAAUCCCAUAGUAUGAUUGCCCUUUCCUAUUCCUUAGUUCUACCAAAAUGGUCUCAUUGUCUGACCCUUCCAUUAUGUCUCACAAGUGUAUCUGUCAUUUGUCCCUGAUUAAGAGUACCUCCCCCCCCUUUACCUCAUCUUUCCUAAAACUUCAAAAACCUGGUAUAUUAAUCACCCAUUCCUGCCCCUCUCUCAACUAAGUUUCAGAAAUGACUACAACAUUGUAGUUCCAUGUACUGAUCCAUGCUCUAUGUUUAUCACCGUUACCCGUAAUGCUCCCCAACAUUAAAAUAUACACAAUUUAAACUAUCCUAACCAUCAUACCUGUUAUUUCAAUACUUUCCCCGACAUCUACCUUCUGGUCCAAUCCUUCCCAUACUGACCUGGGGCUCUGGUUGAUUCUUAAUCUGAAUAGAAAUACAUUACCUUUUCUUUCUCCCCUGAUGUUCAGUCCAUAGUUCUUCCUACACUCACCCCAGCCCUCUUUCCCUCUCAACUGCACAUCAGCUUUCCAUUGGUUUCAGUAUUCCACAUACCUUUCCUACCUCAGCCUUUCAUUGUUCCCAGUUUCUGUAACUAUUUCAACUUUCCCCUCCACAGUCUGCCUAUUACUCCUUACCUAGGUCCACUUAUUUUCCAACACCUUUACAUGCUAAUUUUUAGUACUGAUGAAAGGACCAAACUGAAUGAUAGUUAAUGGGUAGCAAAAAUUCUGUAGCCAAUUUCAGUUCUAUGUCACUCUUGGGAUUCUUACAAGAUUUGUCUUCAUAGUCAUUUUGCUCAAGUGUCAUUACAAUUACAUAUCAAAAUAAAACUUAGAAACAGACAAGUAAUAUUGACAUUUUUAAAAGGACACUCAAUA